UGUAAUUAAGACAUUAGAGGUUCCACUUAUCCCUCAUGUUUCCAUGGAAAAAGAACAAGUUGAUUUCACUAAACUAAUUCAUUCCUUAAAUGCUAUUCCCAGUAAAAUCCAAGAAGCUCAAGAUUAUGCUGUUAGCCCAAGAAGUGUUGAGAAAAUUGUAAAGGUAAUCUGGCAAGAAGAAAAAUAUUGUUCUGAAAUGGCUAUCUUACUACUUCCUGAACCAAUCCUGGAAUCUGCAAGCUUUAAACAGUGCCAUGUUGCAAAUGCAAUGAAAUUAAUGGAAAUUUUACCGGAAACCAUUACAAGUGAACUUGAACUAAUUUUAACAUGGGAUCCAUUUGCACGAAUGAUAUCUGUAAAACCUCAUCAAAUAGAAUAUUUACAAGAUGAAGAAAAUCUUGUCUUGCAACAGGACCUGGACAUCAUAUCCCCUGAAAAAUGCCAAUAUACUUGUGAUGAAAUGGAUUUUGUUCUGGAAGCAUCAGAACUUCAUAGACAAAAGUAUUUACCACCAAACUAUUUGAAAAAGACUCAAGUACAUCCUAAAGUUAAUGUACAUAUUAAAGAUAAGUUUGGAAAAAAUCCCUUGGAAAAUUUCCUUCUGAUGAGAUCUAAAUCUAAAAACAUUGAAGAAGAAAAAAAAAAUGAAUCUAGUCCUAAGGAAAAUAAAAUUAGAAAAACUGAAUUAAAUCAAUAUUCAGUGAAGCAUUAUGAACUUAAAGAAGCCAUUCUAUUUGUUCCAUUAACUGAUGAAUUUGAACAGUUGAUUAAAGAAAUGGCAAUUGCUGCAAAACCCUUUAUGGCUGUUUUAAACACAUCAGGAAAUAUUUGUUUUGAAAAACCAUUUGAAGAACUUGAACUAGAUAUGAUUGCAUUUUCACUGAAACAGAAACAAAUUGAAAACAAGAUGGAAAAAGAUGUCAAUAAUGAGCUUCAAGCAUUGACUGUAAUCUAUAUAUUAGUAUCAGCUUCUAAUGUUUUACUAAACUGCUCUCUUGAAUCAGCUAUAGUACAUCUUAAUGAACAGAUAGAAAUAUACAGGUGUGUAAAAGAAUCUUUGGACAAUCUCAGAAGUAAACUUUUCAAAGCUAAGAAAGAUUUUCUGCAACAGAAUAUAACUCAUCCUAAAAUAACUACAAUUUGCAAAGAAAUUGAAAAAUGUCAGCUUCAGCAUUUCUUACAGGGAAAGAUACUUAUCAUCAUUGAAAUAAACGUUGCUGGGCUGAUAUUAAUAAUUUUAGACCAAAUUAUAUAUGGUACAAAUAUGAAGGCAGAAAUUGCAACUUCUUCUUCUAAAGAGAACAAUUAUCAUAAAUUACUAAACACAAACAGUGAUAUCAUUAUUAUUGAACAGGAUUUGAUAUCACUUGACUUUCCCUGGCAGAUUUUUUCUUUAAUAAUUCAAUAUGAAUAUAACAAGAGUUCAAACAGCUUUUUGAAGACAUGCCAGCUUUACAAUAUUACUUUCUUUUCUCUCCAAACAACUCAAAGUAAUGAAUUAAAGAAGACUAGUGCUUUUCCUGUUUUUUCAAGCAAGAAUCCAGGACUGAGCAAUACAACUAUCAAAAUUAUUGUUUCUGAAAGUCUUACAGUCAAUAAACUUUUAUUACAAUUAUUAGAAACAAGAUAUAAUAUUGUCACUAUUGGAAUGAUGUUUGAACGGAUUUUGCCAUCUAAAAUGUUUGAAUUUGUCGAUAUCAUUAUUGAUGAAAAGACCUCUAUUGUAUGUUGUACUACAUCUCAUCUAGAAGAAAAAGCAUUAUUGCUUUUAGUGUUCAGACUGAUGGGCAUCAGUUUGAAAUAUUCUUCAUGUUAUGUACUUGUCACAGUCUUAUCUUCUGAUACUACAGGAAACUUAAAUUCGGCCAUCAAGAAUAUUUCCAAACUGGUUGCUACCCUGACCAAUUUCAAUGUCAGUGGAGAAUGUGUGUUUAAGGUCUUAAUUGCAAGCAGUAUUGAACACACGGCAGUACUUAUUCGAAAAAUUUGUGAACUUUGUCUAAUGAGAUCAACAAAAUCUCAGAAAGAAUGGCUUAAUCGUGAUUGGCUGAAGGAGGAUAUUUCAGAGCCAGAAAAGCAUCUUCUUUGUUGGCCAUGUAUUAACCUCUUCAAUGCUCAGUUACUUUUUAAGUCAUGUCCACUCAAAGAGCUUGUGGAAAUGUCCUCUGAAGACUUUGAAGUUAAAUUCCCCAACAUAUCUCCAAAUAUUUUUCAUAUGUUUCAUAAUAUUGCAAAUGAAGACAACAGCUUACAAUUAUCAAAUAACUAUAACCAACAAACAAUGCAAAAGAAGUCAUUAACACCUGAUUAUAAUGACAUAAAAUUAGAAUAUGACAUCAUUUCUAUUGAAGAUAGUCCUGAGAUUCUCCAGUCUAAGCCUUUGAUGCAUCUUUGGUCACCAAAUCAAGAACAAAAAGAAGAUACUCAAUAUAUAGACAAACCUGACUCUUUGAUGACAUUACCUCUAAAGGAAGAACCAGAUGAAGAGCAGUAUUAUUUUGGAAGCUAUAACAACUUUUUACAAAAACCCGAUGAGGAUUUAAACAGCAGUUUAUUACCUGAACUGAUGACAAAGGACAACAGAUCUUUUGAAAUAAAUUGGAAGGAUAAUAUAAAAAAUAUAUGGAUGGGAUCAGUUUCUAAUCCUUGUACAUCUGUUGAUAAAAUGACAGGAAAAGAUAAUGAUUUGACUGACAAUUAUUUGAAUAAUCAGAACAAAUUGAGAUAUGGAAAUAAAAGAGUCUUCAGAUCUCCUGAACUACCUUCAAGAACUGAAUAUUUAACAUAUCAUUACAACAGCCAACAAAAUAAUGACUCUAUGCAUGUGCGAAAUCCAAACAGCCAUUAUAAAGAUUUACAUUUUAUUGAAGAAAGUGAUGACAGUAAAGAAACUAAUGAUGAUAUUUGGGAAUUUUCAUCAAUUAAAAGGUCUCGAGAUUCUGAGAUUGAUGAACUUUUGAGUACAGCUAAAAGACAAAAGGAAAUUUCAUCUGAAAAACAGAAAUAUGGUUGGAAAUACUCAAAGCCAUGGUCUUUUUCUCCUCCUCCUCUUCAUUCUCAACUGAAAAGCUCUCCAACUGGUAUGCUUAAUAUGAAUACAAAAGAAUUAAAUCUUUUACUUGAUGUUCAAUCAGAUUUGAAACCACCCAUGAUGCCAAAACAAAAGCAAAUAUGGUUUAAAAAAGACAGAUUAGUUGAUAGUGUUUUUCUCAAACCAAACAGUUUUGCUCAUCAAAAUACACAAGAAACUGCUCCCACUCCUUCAAAUGAUUCUUCAAACCAAUACUAUGAUUUAAUGAUGCAAAACAUGUUUCAGAAGUCUAAUCCUGCUAAUAUAGUUCAUCCUAAGCCAAAACUUACACCUAUAUUACACACUGAAGAGAGACAUUCUUCUGAAAAUCUUGACUCUUAUCAAAACAGUUUUCACCAGCCAUUUUAUCAAGAAGUUCAGAUAGAUUCAGGUUUUGAAAAUGUCCACUCAUUGACUACAAAUAAUAACAGGUGUUUUGAAUUCCCUAAUAAUGUUCCUUGUAAACCUUAUCAUUGUGAUCAAGUCAAAUCUUUAAAGCAAAGAGUGAAAUAUGUCACUAAUGAUUUUGCUCAACGUUUGAAGUAUAUUCCCCAAAAGAAUGAAAUGCAGCAGGAAUUACCAAGAGAUUCAAAUAUUCAGCUAAAGUCUCCCUAUUUCAAAGACUAUGAAAAACAACCUAGAAAUAUACAAUUCUGGAAAACUGGUGCCAAUAUUCAAUGUAACACUCAAAUAGGUACUGCAGCUCAUGAAGAAUGUUCUAAAGCCAAAAUAUACAAAUUGACAUUCAAAAGAAGUCCAAAGGAUAAAGGAGGUCAAACAACACUGUCCUUUGAGUAAAAUAUUUUGUUUUUAUUAAUUUAACUUUUUCUCUAUAAAAAAGUAGUUAAACUGAGCUUAUUUUUGGACAAAGCUUUUUAUAUACCUUAUUAAUUAUUAUUAUAUACACAUUGUUUAUUAAUUAACUUUUGAUAAAUGAUGAAUAAAACGUCUGGCCUGACAACUGUUAUUAAAGUGAAUAUUUCUGAGAAUUGAAAUUUAAGGAAUUAAUUAUAUGCAUGUAUGUAGAUGCAUGCGAGUAAAUAAAUCAAAUGUCAAAAGCAGUCAUUAUAGAAAUAAUUGUAGAAAUUUUAUUUUAAAAAAUUAGUCUUAGAUUACAUGGAAUAUAAAAAUAACAUUUACAAUUUUUUUUUUUUUUUUUAAAUGAAAGAAUGUAUAAGCCAGUGUUUCUCAAACAGUGCAAUGCUUAGGAUAUCUAAGUGCACCAUAAAUAUCUAAAAAUAUAAUUUAAGGCUUUAGAAAACCUAUAGUAAAUUAUGACCGUCUUAAAAAAACAUGUUAUUUUGUACACAAGUAUCAUUAAUAAAACGAGGCAUACAACAGCUUUUUAAUUU